CUUCUUAUCCCCUCUUCUCCUCUCUUCUCUUCUUCCCCCACUAUACCUCCGCCGACGAUUUGUUCACCGAUCUCCGACUUGGUUGCUCAAGAUGAUUGCUAUACACAGUGUAUAAAUACGGAACACGGCAUACGAUACGAACCGCCAACGGAACGAGACUCGUACUCUCGUUGUCAUUGAAUUUUCGCGUGGCCUCUAGUCACACGUAUUCCCCACCGCUACAAAGCAGAUUAAAAUUCUGCUUUUAUCAAAAACCUUCACAUAAUGACGGAUGACGAGACAGUUGAGAAGGAAAAACAUAUGAAACAAUUAAAGCGAAAGAUGGAAUGCUGGCGAGAGAUAAUUCUACCUUUGAACUCCAUUCUCUUAUGGGAACGCAGCUGGCAUCCUGGGCUAAUUGUUGGACUUGUAACAAUGAUAUUCUGUACUAUAUGGAUUCUAGAACCAGCCCUAUUGACAAUGAUAUCUAUAUGUUUAUUGAUAUUCGCUCUUGUUGAUUAUCUUGUACCGAUUUUGACUUCGGUCUUAUGCAACGCGCAAAGUUGGACAGGACAAAAGGAGAAAAAGUUGAUCGAGGUUUGCCAAAAUCUCUCUGCCACUAUAUUGCAAUUACAAGCUACAUGGAUGUCCAUUUCAAAAAUUCGGCAUGAUCGCCCUAAUAUUUAUUACAGCGCAACGAUCCUCUUUCUCAUUCUCUUUGCAUGGAUCGGGAAUACGAUCAACAAUUUGCUUCUGCUUUACAUCAUAGUGAAUGUGGUCCUCCUCACCCCAGGGUUCAAACACAAAGGACGAGCGCGUUGGGCUAUGAAAUAUGCGUAUGAUCAUCUGAUUCGUCGCCAUUUAUCAUAAUUUGUUCUGCAUGUCUUAUAUAGCCCACCGAAACUUCAUUCUCUACACUCGCCUAUAAUCCAUGCUCUCUUAAUAUAAAUCUCCGCAUGAUAUUAUAUAUUGUACAAUUUUACAUGUAUAUUUACAUAAUACGCGUGUAUGUAUAUGUAUCGAUUCCGUUCUAAGAAUGUAGUCAAAGUUCUCCAUUUCUAAUGAUAUAAGUCUCAUCAAUACGAUCCGUAGUUCACUAAGAAAAAAAGGAGAGAUACAUUUUACUAAAUAUUUAAUAUUGUCUGUUAGUGUGAUUUUAGCAUCUUACAUAAUUGUAAUCGUAAGUCUGCCGUAUCAUUUUGUCAUUUUAGAAAUUAAUAAAACUUUCAUCUUUCAUUGAUCUUAA